UGGAGUAAAUUUUUUAAUAAUAAUCAAGUUUAACUUCAGCUAACGGUGGAAGUACUACUUUUAGUUAUCUUUGUUCUUGAAGAAAUUUAAACAUGAAGUUUUUAAAAAUUGUAAUGAUUCUUAUUGUAUCAUGUUUAUAUAUAUCAUCUUCAACGGCAGAUUUCAACUACAGAGACACCAGGUCCUGGGCUAGAAGAUGGCCUGCCUGUGGUGGCAGAAGACAAUCACCGAUUGACUUUACCAUGCGUAAUGUCGAUGAAAGUCAUCGGAAUCAUAAAAUUAAAUUUAAUAAUUAUGGUGUCAUGCCUAAAGAGAUAACCAUACAUAACAUUGGAUGGACUGUAAGAGCAGAUUUUGCAUGGGAUGAUGAAGUACCAAUCAUUAGUGGAGGAUUUUUCAAUGGUUCAUAUCGUUUAGACACAUGGUAUUUCCACUGGGAUGCUCGAAGCAAUAAUGGGAGUGAACAUACAGCUGGAGGCAGAAGUGCUGCAAUGGAGCUCCAGCAUUUGUAUUAUAAAUCUGAAUAUGGUUCUGUGGAAGAGGCAGCAAAUCAUGAAGAUGGAUUUAUACUCUUAGGUGAUUGGCUGUUUACAGAAAAACUUAAAAACGAUUCAGUUGAGUCACAGGUUUUCCAUCAAUUUUUGACUAAAGUUCCAUUAGUCGCAAAACCUGGAUCUUCUGCUAAGAUCGAACCGUUUAAUUUACUCUCACUAGUAUAUCCUGGAGCUAAUAACAUUACAUGGAUUGUUUAUUAUGGUUCAUUGACAAUACCACCAUGUACAGAAAAUGUUAUGUGGUUGAUAAAUACUUAUACACAUAUAAUAGAUAAAAAAUUGCUGAAAGAUAUUCAAACUACAGUUCAGUUCUCAACCGGUGAUGACCAUAAUGUUAGAGAAAUUCAACCAUCGAAUGGGCGUAAACUAUACUUGAUGAGCGCUGAACUAUUAUCAUAAUUAUGUACAUGUCUAUAACUGAUCUGUAAUGUCGUUGACGUCUAUAAUCAAUAAUUAAUAGUAGAAACACAAAUAGUAAUUUAUAUAAAUGAUUCAAAAAUAAAUUAAAUGCAGUUUUGAACUUCA